AUGGAGCCCUCAAGGGACAUGAUCGACCUUCCCCUCACCACGGCAGAGCUUAUGCAGGCCAACCCGACAUAUGCUGCGACAAGAUUCUUGUGCUGUGAAUGUGGGACGCCGACGACAUGGAAUGCUUCGUCCAUGUGCCACAACUGCCUCAAGUCGAGGGUUGACAUAUCCGAGGGGAUCACGACAUCUGUGAUGCUGCAGAGGUGCCGGGCAUGCGGUCGAUACCUGGACGCUCCCAAAAUGUGGAAGAGCUGCGAACUUGAGUCGAGGGAGCUGUUGAGCAUUUGCCUGAAGCGCAUCAAGGGGAUGAAUAAAGUGAAGAUCACCGUGCAGAAAGAAGUCUACACUGGCGUCCUUUUGCAGCAGAAUGUGGCGGCAAAGCAGGAGUGGCUGGUGGUGGUGCAAUGCCGGCAAAGAGCUGAGAACAAGAGGACCUUUUACCUGCUGGAGCAGCUGAUCCUGAAGCACAAGGCCCACAAGAGGACGUUGAACGUGAAGGAAGUCCCAGACGGAAUCGAUUUCUACUUUGCCAACUUGAAGCACGCGACGAAGUUCAGCGCGUUUGUUACCUCAGUCAUCCCCAGCAGGCGCAAAGCAGGGGGGGACCGAGUGAUGUCGCAAGACCUCAAGAACAACGUGGCGAAAAUGAAACAAGCCAUCCCCAUCGAGAUCAUCCCUCUCUGCAAAGACGACAUCUUCUGCCUUCAUCCAAAGCAGCACAACAACCUAGGCUGUAUUGGCCCCCUGGUUGUAGUGGUCUCAGUCGGGCCGAACCUGAGGGUGAUGGACUGGCAAAGGAUGGAGAUCCAUGACUUUCGAUCGGAAGUUUACUUCAGACAACCUAGAUAUGCGCUCCAAACGAUCAAGAAUGCGAUAGAGUACAUCGUGAUAGAUUGCCAUCCUACCGGCCUCGCUGUCGGACAGUUCCUGCAGGCGGAAGUCACGUUGGCAAAGGCGUCGGAUUUGGGAUCUAAUGACAUUCAAGUCACUUGCUUGUCUCACCUGGGUGCCAUCCUACAGGCCGGAGAUACAGUCUUGGGGUACGACCUCAGCAAUGCCGUCUUCAACGACAACGAGCUGCAGGAUUGGCCGAAGCUUGUCCUACCUGAAGUCUUCAUCGUCAAGAAGGUGGGAGUUCCCUUCAUCUCGUCUUCCUGCCUGAUGGAACCCUCAGGUUCCGCCCACGAGGAAGAAGAGGACGUGGAAACUCAGGGCGCUGAUCAAGGAGGAGGCACGCGCGUGCCUGCUCCGCCCGUGUCGUGUGACGUGGGUCGGCAGGAGGAGGGAGUCUACCAGUCGCGCUUGAAGAGCUCGCGCGACGACUACGAGAUGUUCCUCAAUGACAUCGAGAGCGAUCCCACCGUCCGCAGGCAGGAGGGCACCAGGAGGAGCGCUGCUGUGCUGACACCUCCUACCGCAGCAACUUGA